AAGAUGGGUAUCACUUCAACAUAAAGAUGGUCAAUCCAACGACAGGAGAAGAAACGAAUAAGAAGGUCAGCUCUAUGAAUUUUUAUGCGUAUCGAUUGAUGAUUCGACUAGAUGUUGACAAUCAUCUGUUGAGAUACCGCCGUUUGUUUCAACAGUACUGUGUCGACAUGUACGUCGAAGUAGAAACGGAGCGUCUCAAUUUCAUUCGUUUCAAUCAGUCGAAGUUGCGCUCAGGCGAGUACAUCCACAUGCGUGACGCCAUCGCUACUGAAGGACACGCGGCCAGCAUCGGUUGUUUGACCAUUCUCCCAGCUACUUAUGUUGGAAGCCCGCGCCAUAUGCAUGAGUACGCUCAAGAUGCGAUGACGUAUGUCCGUAAUUACGGACGCCCGGAUUUAUUCAUCACGUUCACAUGCAAUCCUAAAUGUCCCGAAAUUACAUCACUGCACGAGUAUUCAAGCAAAAGAUCACAUGGUUCCGAGCUCGCAUCUUCACGAUCCUUUAAUCUGGCUCAAUCACUACGUAACGAGCAGCGCCUAAAAAGAGAUCCUCCUCUGAAGGCCCGGUAUCACUCUGUGAUCCAAGAAUACCUCGAUUUAGGUCACAUGGCCGAGGUCCCUUUGACGAGCAGUUCCGCCACUUACAACCUUCCACAUCACGCUGUUCUUAAGCCCGAGGGCACAACCACUAAAGUGGUCUUCAACGCCUCUAGUCCUUCCGCAAACGGGACCAGUCUGAAUGACAUAUGA